UUGUUCUCCAGUGCUUGGGUCCGAAAUAAAGUGUUUCCUGAAGAUCAACAAAUCCUAUCUCGACCAAGACUUCCAUCCAUCUCUCCAUCCAUCUUGAUAUAGAUCGCCCUCCCGCCCUCCCGGCUCACUGGUCAUUCGAGCCUUCACUCUCCAAGUCCUCUUCCAUCCCGCCAUUAUGUGCUACAAGACCAACUACGAGCCUUACACAAGCCAAAGCCAAAGCUUCGACAUGACUCGAGAGCGCUCGUCAGAAGAGAUCCUCUAUCCAUUGGGAACUCUCUAUCCACACGUCGUGGCUCUCCAACUCCAAGCCGACGAGAACCCUUGGACUCAAGCCAACAGCUUCUCCGGAUACCAUGAUAUCAGCUACUGGGCCGAGAUUUCGUCUCAUGGACCGACGGAGGAUUACUCCAGACCUAGACCGAGUACCGCACGCAGGUACAGUGACUCCACAGCUCUAAAGUUUGUUUCCAGAAUACGACGAUUCCUCAGCCGAGACGAGAUACGCAGACGCCAGCGGGCAUGAAUCUGCCUCAGCCUCUGUUUCGGCCAGAAUGAAUCCUUCGCUACGAUUUGACUUUUCUUUUUUUCUUUUCCCUUGUAUCUAUAAUUGACUUUUUCGGACAUAGCCUUUCUUUUGCGCUUUCUUUUACCCACAUCCACAUACACUCAGACAGUCAGUCAUCCACAUUACAGACCCACGUUGCAUCAGCUUUAUGUUUGAGCCGCUGCAGGCGAGGUCCUCCUGUCAACAUUUCCUUUGUCAUCGCCAUUGGUGCAUCUGAAGAUCUCUCACCCUCUCGGGGCAUUUUCACUGUCGUUUGUUUUUCUUUUCUCUUCUUCUUUUCUUCAUGUUCAUUGUUUAUUCUUACGGAUGGAAUUAGCGGGUAGGUUAGGGAUUUAGCGAGGAGUUUGUUGGGCAUACGCAAGGGCGACACAUGAAUUCUGACAUUGGCAUUAUUUCGUUAUCAAUCUACAUAAUUUAGAACUAUCAAUUGAGAU